AUGGAUUCAAAAUUAGAUUGUGUCGAUGCCACUGACGAGCAACGUAAGCAUAUCGAUAAUCCUGAUUGGUGCUACAGCAUGUCAUCAAUCGACUGUUCCGAGGUUGCAUGUGGCGAAAAACAAGCAUAUUCAUGUGGAGAUGGACAAUGCCUUUCAUGGCGUGAACGUUUUUACAAUGAUCGUACGCCAUUUUGUAAAAAUGGACUCGGCUUUUUCGGUAUAUGUGAAUCAAUAGGCUUUGUUACGAAAGCCACAGGCGAUUGCUUCGGUUGGUUCUUCGUUACAAUAACCAACAUGUCGGUACCAUGCGAUAAACUGGUGCGAUGUGCUGCAGUGGCUGAUUAUGGGUAA